AAAAGUAAAAAAAAAAUUAACAGCUCUGUCCAUUUGCUGUCUAUGGUUUUGAAUUGUGAUAAUGAUGAUGCUAAAGACAAGUUGGGUUUGAUACAAUGAAGCUAAGGUCUUAGUCCUGAUAAUGUGGACAGUGAAGCAAGAAUAGUGUGAGAGAGAAGGUGGAGAGUAGUGUAGAAACUCAUGAAAUUUGACAUGCAUCUCGUGGUAGUGUUUCUGUUUCUUUUGUUUUCAUUGUUCUUUUUCCUUUUUCUUCUUGAAUAGGGUAAAGUUGAGAAGAAGCAUGAGAAGAGGGGAUUUUAACUUAAAAGCCAUAGCAAAUAUGAAACCCAUGAUGGAAGGGCAAACCCAAAAAAGAAAGGAAAAGAACACUUUCUUUGAAUUGUUUAUUGCCAUACGACCAUGCUGUUUCAGUGGGUUGAAGCUUGAAAUAGAUAAUAAAUUUAUGUUUUUUUCUGAAAGAAACAGGACCAGAUGGUCUAAAACUCAACGAUUUAUCAGAUUUUUUUCUCUCUCUCUUCUUGGUGUCCUAAUCAUUCUAUUUAUUGAGGAAAGUCAUGGUGCCAAGUGUAAGGUGUAGAGUUGUUUUUGUAACAUCCAAAUUGUGCUAGUCCACGUAGCAAGAAAGCCAGAAAGAAGGUUAAACAAACAAAUUAAAUGUGGGCGUAAAGGGGCCCAUUCUUAGGAGGAAUCUGAGGAGAAGAUUCUUCAGAGGAUAGUCCACUUAUAUGCAAUUUUGUUGCUCUGCAUUUGAACACUUCUGCAAGACCCUAUUCCAAUUUCUCAGAUUCAGAGAGAAGAUAUGGGAAACGGCUCCUACGACGAGGCUGUGGAAGGUCUCAGGAAGCUUCUCCGUGAGAAGGCAAACCUGGAACCUGUAGCAGCUGCAAAAAUUGACCAGAUAACAGCCCAAUUGAAAUCUAGUGAUGGUUCAUCAUCACCAUUUGAUCCAGUUGAGAGGAUGAAAACAGGCUUCAUUUAUUUUAAAAAAGAGAAAUAUGAUAAGAACCCAGCUUUGCACGCUGAGCUCGCCAAAGGCCAGAGCCCCAAGUUCAUGGUGUUCGCAUGCUCGGACUCUCGGGUUUGCCCAUCACAUGUGCUGGACUUCCAACCAGGGGAUGCUUUUGUGGUCCGGAACGUUGCCAACAUGGUCCCAGCAUAUGAUAAGAUCAGGUACUCUGGAGUUGGGUCUGCCGUUGAAUAUGCAGUUUUGCAUCUGAAGGUGGAGCACAUAGUGGUCAUUGGUCACAGCAGCUGUGGUGGAAUCAAGGGGCUCAUGUCAUUUCCCUUUGAUGGAACAAGCUCUACUGACUUCAUAGAAGACUGGGUGAAAAUCGGUUUGCCUGCCAAGUCCAAGGUGGUAGCAGAGUGUGGUGAUCUGCCUUUCCCAGAACAAUGUGCAUAUUGUGAAAAGGAGGCAGUGAAUGUCUCACUUGGAAACCUGCUAAGUUAUCCAUUUGUGAGAGAAGGCUUGGUGAAGAAAACUCUAACAUUGAAGGGUGGUUACUAUGAUUUUGUUAAAGGGACUUUUGAGCUGUGGGGGCUUGACUUUGGCCUUUCUCCAUCUUUCUCCGUAAAAGAUGUGGCCACAAUUCUGCAUUGGAAGCUCUAGGGACAUGCUUAGAGGCCAUGCCUGCAAAAGAUGAGGCUCUCUUCAUUUUGUUACAUAUGGACUGGAUUAUAUAAAUGUAGAUUAAGUCCAUCUUUCUUAGUGUCCUA